AGUUGUCUGUUGCAGUGAUAAUUAGUGAAUUGUGUAUUUAUCAGAAUUUUAAUGGCCUGCUCUGAGCAUGUCUGCCUCUGUGUAGCAUAGGGUUGGUGUUUAUGCUAUUGUCCUAUUAAUCCUGUGAAGGAGCCAUCUAGCUUUCAUAGACUUGUUUAAAUUAAGAGAAAAAGGAAAGGUUGCCAUUCAGUAUCCCCAAAAUGCCAUGUACCUGUGGUAACUGGAGAAGAUGGAUUCGGCCACUUGUUGUGUUGCUGUAUGUCAUUGGGCUCAUAGUAGGAAUUCCAGUAUGUAUUUGGCAACUUCAGAAAAUGGAGGUUGGAGUACAUACCAAGGCAUGGUUUAUUGCUGGGAUUUUUGUACUAAUGACCAUACCAAUUUCUCUCUGGGGAAUAUUGCAACAUCUGGUUCAUUAUACACAGCCUGAAUUGCAGAAACCAAUAAUAAGGAUAUUGUGGAUGGUGCCAAUUUACAGCUUAGAUAGUUGGAUUGCCCUAAAGUACCCUGAUAUUGCAAUUUACGUGGACACCUGCAGAGAAUGCUAUGAAGCUUAUGUCAUCUACAACUUCAUGAUUUUUCUUUUUAAUUAUCUAACGAAUCGUUGCCCAAACCUUGCCUUGGUUCUGGAAGCCAAAGAUCAGCAAAGACAUUUACCACCUCUGUGCUGUUGCCCACCAUGGGUAAUGGGAGACGUGUUGUUAUUCAGAUGCAAAUUGGGUGUGCUGCAAUAUACAGUUGUUCGACCAGUCACCACCAUAAUUGCAUUGAUAUGUCAGUUGGCUGGUGUUUAUGGUGAAGGCGACUUCAAUCUAAAAAAUGCAUGGACAUAUUUGGUUAUUAUCAACAAUGCAUCACAACUGUUUGCCAUGUAUUGCCUUGUCCUGUUUUACAAAGUUCUGAAAGAAGAGCUAAAUCCAAUUCGACCAGUUGGCAAGUUUCUCUGUGUGAAAAUGGUUGUCUUUGUGUCAUUUUGGCAAGCUGUUUUUAUUGCACUGUUGGUGAAGGUUGGAAUUAUAUCAUAUAAAAACACCUGGGAGUGGAAGAAUGUUAAGGAUGUGGCUACAGGACUACAGGAUUUUGUUAUUUGUGUUGAAAUGUUCUUGGCUGCCAUUGCCCAUCAUUUCAGUUUUUCAUAUAAGCCUUAUGUGCAAGAGGCAGAGGAAGGCUCUUGUUUUGAUUCCUUUCUUGCUAUGUGGGAUAUUUCUGAUAUUAGAGCAGAUAUAUCUGAGCAAGUGCGCAAUGUUGGACGGACAGUUUUGGGCAGACCUCGGAAGAUGUUUUUCACAGAUGACUUAGAACAAAAUGAACACACUAGCUUGCUUUCUUCAUCUACUCAGGAUCCAUUGUCUGCAGCCUCCUCUAUGCCGCCUUCUCCAUCAGGACACUACAAAGGGUUUGGCCAGACAAUAACACCUCAAACUACACCUACUUCCGCAACCGCCCCAGAGGAACUCUACAGUGCUGACACUCCUGACCAAGAUACUCAGGUGCCAGUGACUGAGGAUAGCGAGGAGGUCUCAUUUGAAAGCGGCAAGCAUUUAGAAUCCUAACAACCCAGACAUUUUUAACAGAGAAUUGCCAAAUGUUCUAAUGGCCAGAGCUAGUUCAGGUUGCAAAAACAGGAGAAAAAAAAAUGGAUCCCCAACGGUUAUAUUUAUUUUAUCUGCUGCUUACAUCAUUUUCUGACAAAAGGAAGCCUGGUUAAAGUCAAUGUUGAUUCCGAAAGCAGUAAGGAUGGUUAUAAUAUGGUUGUACCUGGUGGGUUUUUUUUUGUUUUUGUUUUUUUAUAUAUUUUUGUUGUCAUACACCUCCAGUAAUGGCCUGCUGUGAAUAAAAUACAGCUAUUUAUAGAUUACCUAAUAAUACAGCGCAUUUAAGCCUCAACUUCCUCAGACCAUCAAAUAACUGCAUUCUAUGCCACAAAGCACAAACAGA